AGUGAGGCGCUGACAGGACGCUGAGCAGCGGAGCUCAGUCAAGUGUGUCUGCAGCAGCGAGCACAACACUGGAUCUCCAACACCCAGAGAGCACCAUAGGGAGGAUGGAGCCUGUCCCUCUACCAAAACAGAUUUCAAGUUCAACACAGACCCUAAAUGGCUCUCCAGCAGAGGGCAGCGUCAGACCAAGCGCAGCUCCCAUCCCAUCAGGUCCGCGAACAGUCUGCGCUGUCAGGAUCACACCUCUGAGAACCAUGAAAGGCUCUCCUGACCUGAUUCCUUCCGCAGAUCUGGACCCCAACAGAGUGUGCAAAGGGAAAGGAGUCGUGACUCUAAGGGCCACGCUCGUCCACAUAGAUGAUGAGGGCUGCAUCAGCAAGGAGCCAAACGUCAUUACAACGCCAAGUGGCUGGACACGCCAGAUUAAUGGCGACAGCUCGAAAGCAGGAUUGGCUGAGGGAGGCAGCAACAACACAGCUGAUUUACCACCUGUAAACAGCACUCAGUGCCAGGGUAAUUCACCCGACAGCAUAAAAGAAAAUCAAGCUCCAUCCUCCACUGACAUUCAGAACUGUGUCUCAUCGACUUCCAGCUUUGUUUAUCCCUGCACCAGCUCAGUUAACCCCACCAUUGUCCUGCUGCAACACAACAGAGCAGAGCAGCAAAAGCAUCUUUCUCAUUUGGAAGACCCAACCCCAGAAAGAGACAAAAGCCCUGAUCCUGGGAGAGACUCGGUCAGUCCGGUCCCUGACAUGGACGGAAAGAGGCUGCGACUAUCACUGCACUCCCCCGUCCUCAGUCCUCUCAACAAGCCCAUUGUGCCUGUACGGAACACUGAAAAGUCCAAAGACUGGUAUAAGACAAUGUUCAAGCAGAUACACAGAAUACCUGAGCCUAUUGAGGAAAACCCUUACCGCCCCACCUACAUAUUCCCAGAGAACUAUGACAUUCACAUGAGAUCAAAAGACGAUGGUCCCACCCCAUUUGGUUACUUGGAAGAUGUGAAAGCAGUCCCACGCUCGAAAAGUGACGAUGAGGUCGAUUCAAGAGGCCGGUCGAUGCCGGUGCCAACACGGUCCUCUUCCCUCAAACCCUCUGCCAAAAGGAAUGAGUGGGAGCCCCCAGAUAAAAAGGUAGACACCAGGAAGUACCGCGCUGAGCCCAAGAGCAUCUUUGAGUACGAGCCGGGGAAAUCAUCGGUGCUGAAACUGGACAGAACGACUCAGGAUGUAAGUCCAGAAGAUGUAGAUUUAGAGAAUGAGCCUUGGUAUAAAUUCUUUUCAGAGAUGGAGUUUGACAAAGCGAGUGCCCCCUCUUUCAGUCCCCUGGAAACAGCCUCCGACCUGCAGCAGUACUCCUCGAGCAAGUCUGGUCACAGCGAGGUGGAGAAGGACAGAGGAUCCUCCACGAGUGAGCCCGGGGCUCCAGAAUGCGACCGCCAUGUUUACAAGAGUGUCCUGGAGGGCGGCGACAUUCCCUUACAAGGUCUACGAGCUCUAAACAAGCGCCAAGGCAGCUCCUCCUCCUCUAAAGUGGAUUAUAAAGGUGGGAAUGGCUAUAUAAUUUCACCCUGCUCCUCUGUAAAUAGUCGAUCGGUUCUUGCCGGUAAUACAAUAGGUAACCAGUGUAAGACUAAGAAGUCCCUAUCUGCUGCCAAAGCCUGCAUACCCCAAAUCCUGCCCUCUAAGUUCAAGCCCAAGCUGCUGCCACCCAGUGGUGACGGUCAGGAAAGCAGGACUAGAGUUGUCAAGCACCCAAAGGCCCACAGCUGUGAGGAUCUCUACACAGGGCCAUGUGACACAGACUAUGCUGGAGCAGAAGAAAGAGAGAGUGAGCAACAUUCAGACUACAAGUCCACUGAGUGUGCUGACGGUCUCAGGAAUGUUUCCCCUGCAAUUAGAAGGAGCACCUCUGAGUUUUCCAGCCUGUACAGGACCAUGCAUCACAUCCAGCGGCCCAGCUCAGCAGGCUGUAGCCCCCAUGGCAGUGUUCGCAGUCUGGCCUCUCUGUUUGAGAAGGCAAAGGCAGAGGGGGGUGAGAGGUCAGAAGGUGGGGGUGACAUUCCACGGGAAUCUGUGUCGUCACGGGUCAGUGAGUUUGAAAUGAUCAUCCAGCGGUCCAGCUCUGCUCCCAGCCGCUCCUCCUCCCUGCCCACCCUGCACUCCAGCCACAACCACAACCACAGUCCCAACCACAGCCCUGCCCAUCUUUACAUGGCGUCUGCAGUGUCAGCGGAGUCUCUUUUGGUAGCCGAUACCACACAGACAGAUGUGUGCUCCCUAGUGGAGACUGAGGGCAAAAGCUCUGCAGAGGAGGCUGUUUCACCAGACAGUGUGACUGUGGAGGAGGCUGCUUCCUCCUCAGAGGAUGGACAUAACGUCAGGACUGAGUCCCCUUGCAACACAGAGGCUGAAGUUGAGCAAAUCUUCAGUAAAAGUUCCCCAGAAUUGAUCCACCAAAAUGUCAGUAGAUCAAAGAGUCCCUCAGCGCUGCUUACAACGUCCCCUCCACAGCACAACCACCUCCACUACCACCACCACCACCUGCUGCACCACUUGAACCAUCAGCUCCUCCUCAAACCCAGCAAAUGCAAAGGCUCCUGCCCGGCCUCCUACACCCGCUUCACCACCAUCCUCAGGCAUGAGCGGCAGCAGGCCACAACCCAACAGGAGAAGCCGCCAGCUUCAGAGAAGAAGACCACGCUGCCUGGAAACCUCUUCCUCAUGGGCCCUGCUCCUUUCCGGUUGAGGAAGAACCUCCAGUCUCACCAAACUCGGAGGACGCUGUUAGCCACAAAGGUAGCCAUGGGCACCCAGAGGCCCAGCAGCCUGUCCCCUGAGCUCAGACCUCUAAUCCCACAGCGUCUGUCCUCCCUGGAGGUCCUGGACAGGCUGAGUAACGGGGAGGGAAGCAACACUGACCACCUGAGUAACGGGCAGGGCUUGGACGCCAACGGGAACCUCCUGCAGCCGCUGGCAGCUCACCGCAGAGACUCGUCCCCAGCUCACGGAGAAAGCCAGGAUGAAGUAUUAAGGAGGCGUCAUGGGGACAAAGAGAAAAUCUUGGAGGAGCAGAGGCGGCUGAAGCGGGAACAGGAAGAGGCUGAUACAGCAUCCAGACGACACACGAGCAUUGUCCCGACACACCACCAGUUCAUCACCAAUGAGCGCUUCGGAGACCUGCUCAACAUCACAGAUAACUCAGAGAAAAGGAAAUCGGGCAUCGAGAGAACUCCAGCCAUGGCUCGCUUUGACUUCAGAGCAGAAUCUCUAAAGGAAUUACCAUUUCAGAAGGGAGACAUUGUGUACAUCAUUCGACAAGUGGAUCAAAACUGGUAUGAGGGCGAGCAUCAUGGAAGAGUUGGUAUUUUCCCUCGAAGCUACGUUGAGCUCCUCCCACCGACAGAGAAAGCCCAGCCAAAGAAAAGUGCCCCAGUGCAGGUACUGGAAUAUGGAGAGGCUGUAGCCCGCUUCAACUUCAAUGGAGACACAGUGGUGGAAAUGUCCUUCAGAAAGGGAGAGAGGAUCACACUGAUUCGCAGAGUUGAUGAGAACUGGUAUGAAGGCAAAAUCUCAGGCACCAACCGCCAAGGCAUCUUCCCCGUCACCUACGUAGAUGUGCACAAACGACCUCGCGUCAAAAACGGGGUGGAAUACCCCGACCCUCCCAUCAGCCAGUCGCCACAGCGCAGCACCAACGCUUCUCCUCAGUUUGUGAAGAACGAGGCCGACUAUCACGGACGGAGCUCCAGAAGCCCUGUGAUGCUGUUUGACAUCCAUGACAACAACAAUGUUAACUCAUUUGCGGAGGCAGUGUGUAAUGAGAUCUUGAAUAUAGCUGAGACCUCGGUGAGGUACUGCAGCACCCUGUCCCACCACCAUAAUGACUCUGUCCUCAGACUGCACCCCCACCCCAGUAAACAAUCUCUCAUCAUUUCCCAGCAACCCCAGUCCCACAGCAGCAGCCCGGAGCCAAGCCGUCUCAGCUGUGGAAUUUUCCAGGCUUUGUACAGUUAUGUGCCGCAGAACGAAGACGAGCUGGAGCUGCAGGAGGGGGAUCUCGUCAGCGUCAUGGAGAAGUGCGAUGACGGCUGGUUCGUCGGUACGUCGAAGAGGACAAAACAGUUUGGGACUUUCCCUGGGAAUUACGUGAAGGAGGUGAAACUGUAAAAUAUCAUAUCUGGCUGUAACACAUGGUUGCCUGUCAAGCUUGGGAAGUCAUUACUAUCGCGCAUGGCUGUUGGUUAGAAUAGUCCUUUAGCCAGGCGAAUGUAUUUUGUCUGGGAAAGUGAUCCGUUCAGCCUGAGGUAUGUCAAACUGCAAGAGGCGAAGACGGGGACAGCUCACUGGCCAAACCUCCGUACGGUGCACACCUUGGUCACAUGUUACACACUUCUUCACAGAAUUCAUCCAUCUCCACACGAGGAAUCUCUCCGUGAAAGCCUUCCACAAAUUAGCUUUUGUUGUACAAAUAGUAGCUUCCAUUUCCUCCAUGUAAUUCUCCAAGUGUUUACGUAGCACCUCAGCGUAGAGGCCGGCAGCAGAGCAGUGUGUGGAUCAAAGCAUGGAUCUUAUUACCCGAAGUGGACCUUGAAGGAGUCAGAAUGUAUUUAUGCGUGUUGAGCUGUUUGUCAUGAGCUACCUUUCAGGAGCAGAGGUGUUACACGUGAUUGGCAAAGGGUGAUGCAGACUGUGCAUCUCAAACAUUUUCUGAAAUCCCUUUGAUUUUUUUUUUUUUUUGUCUAAAUUAAACUUUAAGUGUUUGGAUUGACUGACAAUGCAGACGUGAAAUUAAAUGUCAUUCUCUGAUGCUGUCAAACAGACGUCUGUCAGUUUAGAAAGAACACUGUUAAAAAUCAGUGUUCUUUUGAGUUUAGAUACAUGAAGCCCUGUGUAUGAAGCGCCUUUAGAAGCUGAUCUGACAUGCCUGUGUUGCUUUCUUUUGGAUUUUCUGAAUGGUUAUUAAAUCAGUAUUGAAUUCAGAACUCAGUGUAGCCCAGAUGCUUUAGAUACCAGUUCAGUGUUGCCUUUAUUUUCUAUCCAAAGGUUCUCAUACAGAAGUUAUUAACACGGUCCUGCGCAUGACUCGAAACACUAAAGUGUUGCUGUGUGCUGUUAGCUUCUCUUUUCCUCAGUUACCACAUGGACUGUGUUGCAUGUCUCAAAAAAAAGUGAAGCGAAACUGUGUGGACACGCCCUGUAUUUUCAGAACCAACGUAUGUGUCCUUUUAUACCUCCAAGUCGAAACAGAAGUAAACUGUGUUUGCUGAUGCCUGUAAGGUAGCUGGUGGUAGACGCCUGGCUUCAGUCCAACCGUUGGACAGGCGUGGUAGCACUUAACUUCCUAUCUGCUCAUUUAGGAAGAUCCCACCUAACAUGAUAAUAGCAGACUAAUCAGCGAUGACCAAAAGCUAUUUGAUGUUUGAAGUGAAAGCCGACGAGGUGUCUUAGAAUAUUAUCAUGAUGAUUUUUUAAAAGCGUAUUGAGACUUUAACCAUGCCCUUACUGACAAGACUGUAAAUGUACAUGUAAAUGCCUACAGAAAACAUUAAGAGUCUACACAUUUUCAUAUGUAAUGACUAUAAGGUCAGCAUCAGUACAGCAUGCACCACAAAACCAGAUUGGAGCAUGAAACACUAUCAGCCACCACCUCGGUAUCUGCACCUUUAGAAGUAAUGACAGGGUUAAUGCUGCUCUUUGAACUUCAGUAGCACCCUGAUGGGAGGUUACUUUCAAUUCUGCUAUCAAAGCAUCAGAGCCGAGUACAGAGCUCCCUCAUCUCCAACACCACCGGAUCCUGUAACAGACCCCACACAUCACAGUGCAUCUUCUACACGCACACAAAGAAAGAUGAUAGCUAUUGUUUUUCUUGGCUUGCUUUUUUCCCCUCCCAUCAAAUUCCUUGUUGUCAUCAGUCUCUGCACUUUGCUCAUCAGUCCUUGACAGAGCUGUCAAAUAGUACCUGCAAGUAAUUCUCAGCGCUUGUUGUGACCUGUGCAGCGCAGCGGAUGGGUGUAGUUUGUGAAGCAAUUGCUAAGAAAAGUGUUUUCAAGUAAGUUGCUUUGAAGCUCCAAGAAGCUGCGUGCAAACAUGAUCAUCAUUUCCCUGCCGAUACAAUUCCGACAUGCUGUUGCCAGACGAUCAGUGGUCCUGUCUUUUCGUUUAGCUCUUUGUGAUUACCUGAAUACAUCGAAUCUGAAACAUAAUGUGAAUUAUAGGAAUACAAGACAGUCAGACUCCUAGAUCUAGAAGUGUAUGCUGACUGUGUCUUUGUUUUUGCAAACACUACAGUGGUGCAGUGAUGAUAAACAUUGACCUGAAAUGCACCACAUAUAUGAAGUUUAUAACUGAGGAAUUAAUUGAACCAAAUUCAGUACAAUCGGUGUUUCAUCCACUGACAUUUACUGAUAGGUUUCUUCUUCCUGUUCAGAUCACCACUGACUAUUUUGCCAACAUCAGCAGGGGAAUAUUUUCUCAGCAAGAUAAAACACGUAAUAUAAUAUACUGCAUUGUGGGUUUGCCUGUAUAGCACUGAUAUAACGUUCACGUAUUUUGUUCCACCACAGAAGCAUGUUGUGUGUUUUUUUUCCCUCCACUGCUGGCUAAACAUUUUUGUUCCUCUGUAACUGCAGCUCCUCAUGAAUGUGUCGACUGGUUGGGAGUCUGUUGACCUGCAGCCUUGUUAAAAUAGCUUCUCUUCCAUGACGGAACAAAGGGAGACGGGUUUUCUGUCUCCAACAGAAGAUAUAGUCAAUCAGUCAUUGAAACACAGAGCAAGUCCUGUUUCUGUGCUCCAUGAAACAUCACAGGAUGUAUGAAUGUAUGAAUAUAUGAAUGUGGUGCAGGCAGUGUACACAUAAUAUGCUAUAAAAAAAAAGAAGUAGUACGGCACAAGAAGGAUUGUAAAUAUGUAAAAUAAAAAUUACACUGCGAGCAAUGAGGGUGUCACGUCGAGCUCUCCGUCCCUCGCGGCGGUUUAUUUGCCUGAAGGAUUUUUGGCACAGAGUGGAGCGUUACUGAGCACAGAAAGUUUGACGCGUUUGAACAUUACGCUGCCAUUUGUGAGAAUCAUAAUGCCUUAUGUUAGAUACAAAACUGUGCCUCAUUUUCAUCGCAUUUUUUUUUUGUCACUGAAAUGUAUCCAUGACAUAUUUACCGUAACCACGGCUUUCCCAUUAGCCCUAGUCUCCACGUUGGGAGAACAUUUACUAAGAACUUGUCUGUUUCUGUACAAGUACCUAAAAGUGUGACACGAUGCUUCAGCAUAAUGAUUAAUAAUCAUAAGAAUGGACUGGUUUGAUAAGACGCACAACCUGCAGCAGGUUUGGUUUGUUUGCUUCAAUUUGCAGUGCUGUUACAUUGACAAUAUUAAAAUAAAGAUACUAUACACUGCUGUGACUUCGGUAUUAUGCAAUAUUUAAUAAACCAUUUAAACCA